GUUAAGGGGGUCUUCACCAGUGAUGCGGACCGCCGACUGGACUCUCCCCACCAGCUUUUGUGCUGCCCGCCUCUCUCCCUGCACUCCUCCUCCUCAUUCUGCCUCCCCCCGUGCCACAUGCACACACCCACCAGCCCACCCUCUCCCUGCCGUCCUCCUUUGCACAUACACACUUCCACUCAAUCAUGAAUGCACAUGGAUUGCAGCAGCAGCAGCAGCAGCAGCACCGCGAGAUGGAGAUCUCCGCUGUGAGUACCUAUUCCCGCUGUGACUGCACCGGCUGCCUGUCUCUCGGUCCUCCCGCAGCCUGUGAGAGCUGGACACGACCUCGAACGCACGGAUGGACACCUGGAACACAGGGGAUCGGCGCUCCCUUGUCCUUUUCACCUGUGAUCUGCGUCUCAAGGAACUAUGGUGAGUAAAGACGACGCCAAAAGCAUCGUCGUGUCAGACACCGAUGAAUCAGAUUCCGACACGGACCUUGCACACAACCUCGAUGCACACUCCGGGCAGCAGGUGAAGAAGAAAAACAAGGCCCUGCAGGUGCGUUUUAAGGAUAUCUGCGACGCGCAGAAGGAGCACAGAGGGAAACACUCCAGAUCCAUUUCCUGUAAAGUGACACACCGGCAGUACAUGACCAUGCCUGCCAGACGCUCCAUUCCAAAUGUGACCAGGAGCACUGGUGUGCAGACGUCACCAGACCUGACUAAACGAUACAAGACUUUUCCCUUUGAGAGGAAAAAGGGACACACGUUUAAGCACGCCGCUUUGGUGGAAGACUACAGAGGACAAAACAAUGGCUUUUUGAGUGAUAUAAAAGCGGUCGGGGAAGACGGACAACCCAUCGGGGUGUCCUCUAAGUGCAAGGGUAAGAUUGUGGGGCAGACUAAGGUUUUGCUUCACCACACAGAUGACAGCAGCGAUGCAGAGGAUUUGAUUUGUGAUUCCAACUGUGUGGAUGGACCCUCCUGUUCAGACUCCCAUUUCUCACAUGAGUCACGUCUGAACAACCCCGCUUCCAAAAGUGAACCGGAGCACCGGGAUUGCGGAACAAGGACCAAACAUAAAGGAUUACCCCGAGACGAUAUGGACACUGGUGCUUCCUCCAAGAGUCUGCUGGCUAACUCGGAGUUUGCGAAGGGCAGGGGCCCUGUCGCAUGGAAUUCUUUGACACAAGUGGAGUCUUUCGGAAGCCCCUCCAAGGCUUGUAAAAGAAAGAAGGGACCACCGCAUUUGAGCGAGCAGCAGUCCCAGACACUUCCCCACAGUGGCAAAUGUUCGGCGCAGUCGCAAGGACACUGUCGGACGAGGCACGCGUCGGCGUCAUCCAAACUCCAGCAAACGCUUGGGAUGGGCGAGGGCUUACCUGCGGGGAAGACCGGAACACCAGGGGUGGGGACCGGCCAGCAUAUAAUUCCUUUAUCUGAAGACAAGGAUAUCAAAGCACAGCUGCAGGCGAUGGAGACUCUCAUCAACUCCAGCCAGGAGACCAUCAAGGUCCUACUUGGAGUUAUUCAGGAGCUCGAGAAAGGUGAAGCACAGAGAGAGGGGCUCACCUACCGAACAGGACAAGACACGGCGAAUUGCGACACUUGUCGAAACAGCGCAUGCAUCAUUUACAGUUCAGUGUGCAAGGCAUGCGGCUGGAGAGCUUUCUGUUGUGCUUUAACGCUGCUUCCUGUGGAUGCUGUUCAACUGGCGGGCCAAAUCCGCUCCGUGAAUGACGUCAAACUCAAAGUUGGGCGCAACUUUCAGGUUUGCAACAGGUUUCUAAAACCACCAGAGUGCUCCUGUCAGAAAGAAGAUCUUUGACUCGUGUUUUCACAGACGUUUUUUUUUCCACUUUCGCUUCAUAGUAUGUGCUUUUUAAAAAUAGCAAAGCAUUUCUGUCACAUGGAGAAUCUUUUACUAGUGGGUUUUUUUUUUUUCCUUAAAAACAUCAGUGCACUCCUGCCACGUAGAGCAGGGGUCCCAACCACAGCGGCCAUUAUUUUAUUCCAAAAAUAAUAUACAGUUAGAAAUCCCAUAGUUUUUGCAUAUUUGUUUUUUCGUUGCAAGUGGCGACCCAUCCCACUUCAUCCAACGGCCUUGAAUGCACCAUAGUCAUGUGCCUGUGCUAACAUUGUCCCACGCUGCACAGGUAGACUACGCGACUGUAUUUUUCCUGCUUUUCUUUCACCUCGUAUUUGGUCCCAAAUGCUGAUACUAUGUGGGAAUGCAUCAAGGUGAGGUGUGAUGGCGUUAUUGGGUGCUAAUGUGCACAUUCGUUCGGUGCACAACCUCAAGUAAUGUCAUGCAAGCACCCUGCCUGUUACGACACACGUCAAACAGCCACGUUAUAAUCUCCUGUCUGAAAAACAAAGUUCAGGCUCUUAUGGUGGAUGGUGGGUUUGUAUUAUUUUGUGCUUUUAAUUUGGGAUGCUCCGAUCAGGGUUUUAUGCUGCUGAUUCCGAUACCGAUCACAUGAAUUAUGCAUUUUUUAAUGUAUUCAUGAUGAGUGCUAUUGACCAGGGGUCCCAUAUAAAAGGGAAAAGUCAGGACAAUUCCAAGAUCCCUUGACUGCCAGGGGGCCCCAAAAAAAAGUAAUUACUGAUACAAUUAGUAAUUAAUUAAUGGGGGGACAACGUGAUUUUAUUAUGGGACUUUUAUGGAACUCCUGGCUGCACCCCCGCUACUGGCUGUAUAUGAUAGCAUCACCAUCAUCGUUAUUUCUGACACAUACAUGGUCCAUAGAACAUACAACAAACGCAUCACCAACAAGACACAGUAAAGGAAGGCGAUCCCUUGCUUGCUGUGUAGGUUAAGGCGCCAGUGUUUCCACCAACUAGAAAAGAACCUGACCGAGCUUUGUACAAGGUUGGUUACAGAGCAUGUUAGCCUGCACAUACAUCUGGACAUGAGGUUCCAUAACACAGCAGCACAGGCUGGUACAGCAGCCUGAACAAACAUUUGACUGGCACUAGUCCAGCGGCAAGCUUAAGCAGCAUCCUCAUGCCAUCGUUGUAUGCCACCUGAAGUUUAUGUGUGCUGCUUUUUCCACAACGCUGCCACAGGUGGGCAGUAUACAUAGGAGUACAAUAUGCUUGAAAAAGUGCUGUUUAACAGAUACUGAGCACAGAGAGAACUUACGAACAAGAAUGUUAGCUUGUGCAUAUUGCAUACAACAUUGUCUAUGAAUGUCUCUAUCAUCUGUCAGGUCAGCAGAUAUGUAAUGGCUCAAGUAUUUCACCUCAUCCUAGACUUUGAGGAUGUUGUCCACCAGAGAGAAGCCAGGCAAAGUUAGUUUCAUGUCCUCUUUACUCCUGACAAUCAUGAUGUUGCUCUUUUUUGAAUUGUAUUUACAGUAAUAUCAAAUUCCAGGCCAUACUGUGAACAAACCCUUGACACCUGCUGUGGACCAACACUGCAUGGACAGAAAAUGGCUAGAUGGUCAGCAUACAUCAGGUGGUUUAUGGUAAUAUAAGCCAGGCAGUCCUGCAUUCAUUCAGCAGCUGAGAUAGAUCGUCUAUAUGCAUGUUAAGAAGACAGGGAGACAAAAUGCUGCCUUGUCGCACGCUGUUGCCAACAUAAACGGGAGAUGAUACAGAGAUUCCCCAUUUAACAGACUGAGAGUGCUGAGCAGACCAAAAAUUCGUACUAAAUAUUUUGGGACGCCUCUAUUGUAAAAUAUGGUCAAAAGCUUUUGAGGUGUCAAUAAAGCACACAAAAAUGGUAGUAUUGCGCCUGUCGUACAGAUCCAUAAUGUCCUUUAAGGCAAAAAUGCACAUACCUGUGCCAAGCUUGGAUUUGAAGCCAAACUGUCAGAUGUCAUCAUAAACUUCUCCAUUCUAUUCAAUAUAGCCCUGUCCAAGACCUUUGAUAAGAUAUGAAAAAAAGAACCAUAAAAUCACCUUCAUUUAGACAAAAACAUAUUUGACUUACUUUUUGAGGAGAACUUGUAUCACUGGUGAGGCUUACAGAUGAUGAGAGGCCUUCUGCAAGGAGACUUUGGACGUGAGAGUACAUUGGUGGAGCUCCAGAAAGUGAGAGAGCCCUCUGUGAGCCCGGUGUCUUCCACCACUGAGAAAGACUGGUCAUCUCGUCCAAUGAAUUCAAUUAUUUUUCGUGUUAUUUGCUAAGCCUUCUGACUGCCACUCUAGAGCAGCUGCACAUGAUAACCUGCACAGAAAGCUUUCUAGAUCUUCCAGACUCUGAACCUCUUCCUGCAGUGUUUCCUGGCUCCCGGCCAAACGGUCAGUGUAAUUUACUCCACCCCCCACCCCCAUCCAGGUCACACUCCCAAGGUCUCCUGAACCCCUUUUGUCCAAUGACUUACACAAAAUAACCCCAGUUAGGACACUGAUAAGUUGCUACUCACAGCUUGCUCUUCUGACUCUUCAACACGGCCAAGUAACGUUGGAAAGACGUCGGGCUUCAGCAACAGGGCUUGGCGGCUGGUCCAGCUUGGUAUUGCCCAUGUUCACAAAACAAACAUUUCCUGGGAGCCGUUGUCGGUGUGCUAACAGAGUGAAGCGGAGCGGGGGUGCUGGGCAUGCCCAUAUAUAGAAGUCUGGGUUGCAUUGACAUCAUUGGAACUCGGUGUUAAAAGCUGUCCAAAACUGCUUUCAGGUCUCACUUCCAAACGCACGUUGGCGUCGCUUAACACGAGAAUACAACAUUGUAAGAAAAUGUAUUGGUCAGAAAAGAGGAAAAGCAUAAAGGGUCCCCUUUAAAAACAUCAGUGCACUCCUGUCACAUGGACAGUCCUUGACAAGUGUUUGUUCCUUGCUUUUACAAAUGUCAAAGCACUCCGAUACUUGCUUUAUAACGCCGAUCAGCUCCGCCCCCUUUGCAGCAUCCAGCCAAUGGAGACCGUCUCUCCCCCGCUUUCUCUUCACGAAGCCAGAGCAAACAUGUCUGCCGUGUGGAAUUACCUGUCGUUGUGAGAGUCAUGAAGUUUGGCACCCUGCACGAAAAAUGCCUCGCCGGGGUGGACGUUAAAAACCUUUAGUUUGGUGCGGAAUUUGAGGGGCGGGCAUUUGGCAGGGUGAUCAUCAGUCCGGCGGCGGAUAAUGUAGCCGUGCGUAUGUGGCAGUCGGAGGUUUAAGGCGGACGGCCCAAAAAGUGUCUGGUUUCGUCGGACUGGUUGUCCAUCGUCGGCGGUGGAGGAAUCCGGGUCCGUGUGCUGUGUGCUCUCGUAUCCAAAUUCUCCUUAAAGGGAUAGUUCGGAGCCACACAGUCAAGAUCUGGGUUCGAAACCCCAUUGCGUGGGUUUUCUCCAGGUAUUGCAUUUUCCUCCCACAUUCCAAAAACAUGCAUGUUAGCUUCAUUGGAGACUCUACAUUGUCCAUAGGUGUGAAUGUGAGCGUGCAUGCUUGUCUGUCUUUAUGUGACUGGUGAAGUCAGCAUACCCGCGACCUUAGUGAGGAUAAGUGGGGGGGCUUGUUGGUGUACAACACUGCUGAUGGGGAUGUCAUACAACUUCAUGUCAAAAAAUCCGAACCAUCCCUUUAAAGAAGGCGUCCUUUAAGUUUCACCAGUGAUUUUGAAAAAGUAAGUCAAAUAUGUUUUUGUCAAAACUUGAUGGUUCCCCUUUCAUGUCAUAUAGCCCAGGGGUCACCAACGUGACCACAUGAGGCGUCUGCAAGCCUGCUUUUCAUUCAGGUUUUCUGUUAAUAUUGUGAGAAGACUAGAAAGAGAUGCACUGUGAGUGGUGGAUACAACAAGCAUGUUGGCUCUGUUUGCCUUGAAAUCGGCUGUGAAAAUAAAUGUUGCAAAAAUGAGUAGUCUUGGCCAUUUUCAUUUUGUAGAAGUAGCUCUCUCGAGAAAAAACGUCGGUGACCCGAUUUAGACAACAGCACAUUUAAACAUUUACACUUAAUCUAUCUGAUCGGUAUCUGUAUCGGCCGAUUUCACUCAUGGAUGAUCGGUAUCGGCAGCAUAAAGCCCUGAUCGGAGCAUCCCGAGUUUCCGACCUUUCUGUGUGGAGUUCGGAAUUCUCCUUGUGCUUGUGUGUGUCUAUUCCUGGUACUCCAGUGCCCCCCCACAGUCCAAAAACAUGCUUCUUAGGCUCACCGGAGACUGAAUUGUGCAGAGGUGUGAAUGUGAACGUGAGUGUGACUAGUCUGUAAUACGUGAGUGAUCAGUUCAUCAGUUCUCAUGUGCAAACAUGUGCUGUUUGUCUUUGCAAAAUACCAAAGAAAUUGGAGUCAGCGUUGCUGUGACUUCUUUUGGGAAGCUAUAUGAGCAUCGAUUGUUGGGAGAAUACGUUGCUUUUAUGUUGUGUUUGUACGUCACGCAUGUUUGGAGAAAUGCUUUCAAGCAAAAGCAACGAAAGAGGUUAGUAGCUCGGGAAAUCACACGUCCGGCCUUGUGCUACAUGAUUGCAUACCCACCUGUUAGCAUGUUUUAACAUAGAAAGAGGUUGUCGCAAGAUUCUCCUCUUCAUCUCGUACAUUUUAAUAAGAUAUUUCCUCUCUCCCCACUGAAUGCAAGUGUUUCUCGCUGACCUAGAUUGAGGGUUUUUUGGAACACAAAAGAGGAAGGAGAAAAAAAAAAGAUUACAUUACAACUACAGAGAUGAAUAUUUAGCACUUCAUAUCUCAUUGUGGGGGAUGUUUAUCAUGUGCUAAUGCCCGCACUGACAAAUAGUAUGUUCAAUUAACGCUGUCAGAGUGCUAUUAAUGACGCUACUUGAUUAUUGGGGUUGCAGUUUGCAGUGGUACCACCUUGUGAUGAGAGAUCUUUGUCAUAUUUUCCCCUCUCGUAGCAGAGUGAGGUCCCCAAAAUAUUAGAAACAACCAUCAGUAUGAUGCAUUGUGCUAUGAAACAAGAGGCUCUCCAUCUUUAAAAUGUAAUUUUCUGCAGCAAGAUAAGGAAAGAGAGGCUGAAGAGGUGCCACAUCUUCUACAUUUGUGCUAAAAUGGAACAGCCAGCGCCUGAAAAAGCCUUUUGGAUCCAAUAUAGUCAGUCGACAGAAGGAAUAUUCAACUGUUCUGGGGGAAAUAUUUUCAGAACGUUAAAGACUUAAGACCUGUUAUUCUUAUUUUGUAUAUUCACAUUUGAGCCUAACAGCUAGUAUAGUCAUAAAUACAAUCACAAAUUCAAACAGAAGCAAGGAAAUGAUGACAUCAUACUGAUAAAUCCCAUAACAUAAUUUUAAAAAACGCUCCAAUGAGGUGAGACUGUUCUGGUGAGCAAAUCAAGCACUUCUUUUUUCUCCUGCCUGUGACGUUAACGGCCUGUCGCAACUUCCCCUGAGCUCACUUGUGAACAAACAUUUCACUUUCCGAGGAAGACAUCGUCUGUUAUAGUUGUGCCAAAAUGCUCCAAGAUGAGGGGAAAAAAAACAUCGAGCAGACAAAAAACCUUAUCAGCCACCUGAAACGCCAGCGCCGCGGCAUUCGAAAUGUGCAAAAGGUUUGCCGGAGGCGUCCGUGGCGUCUUACACAUUAUCAUGUUAUCAUGUGUCUGUGAUUACAUGGUCACAGCAUGUAUAUAAAUCCACAAUACAUGCUUGGUUUUUAGAGGGCUUUGUCGGCAGAAUAGGUGAAUCCCAUCACCUCAUUAUUAGCUGCGUCCUGCUAGCAGGUUUUCAGUAUUUACAACGCACAGAAAAGAAAAGAACGUGUGUUCAUGUCUCGCUAAGGAUUGUGGAUGAUGGACAAGAUUCACGUUUUUCUUUAAGUCCACAGCUUUGCAAAUGUAAAAAUUCAGACCAGCCCCACCCGCCAAUAAUCAGGGGACAUGGGGGGGAUGGACUGCGUCAAGGUUGUGAUGUUUCAUCUGAAAGUGCCUCCGCGGGUUAUAUUUCGGUGAUCAAGUCUUGGCUGUUGUGUCUCACCAAGCAUUACAGUAACAUUGCUGACCCCCAGUGACCAGUGUAGAAUGCCACAUAUCAUCAUGUCUUUGAAUGCAUCUUUUGAAUGUCUUAUAUUUGGAUUUUGCUGCAGUUAGCACUUUUAUGCUUGAAAAAGCUUCAUUUAGCCCCAAAAAAUAUGUAAAAUAUGCAUAUUUUUGGACUAUUAGGCUGUAUUCAACCACAAAACAGCAUGAUUUAUUCAUAUAUUUUUGGAACGCUGCGGCAGAGUAAAGGCGCAAAAUUCAAAGCACAAAGUGGCGAGAAAUUACUGUAAACACAUCCGCUUCCCCACCGUGGUAAAUGCAAAUAUUCAAGUCCGCUUGCUGUUCAAAGUCCAAUUUUCUGUGUCUGUUUCUUUCUUUAUCUCUUUUGUUUUAUUUUUACCGUUGAUAGUGCCAUAUGUAUAAAUGCAAGCCAUCUUCUUCUACCGCUCCUUCAUUGUCAUGCGUCCGCCUCACUGUUGCCCCCUGCAGACCAGAGGAAGUACUGCAUGGAGGAGCACUUCUUUACUUAGACAUCAGGGGGGGCUCACACUUUUUCAGCCUGCGAGCUGCUUUUAGAAUGACCAAGUCAAUAUGCAAUAAAGGUAAUGACACAUCAUUCCUCAAUACUUGUGUACAUAAGUAAGUAAUAUGUCACUUCAAACAGCUACGUAGCGUUCCUUAGACACACACUUCAUGUAUCACGUCACUUAGCAUUUGCUAGCAAACAUCACCCAUGUACAAGAAGUGAAAAGGAUGAUGCAAAAGGCAAUGCAGCCCAAGUCAAGGCCACAUCUUAAAAAGCUUUCAGCAACGGCCACAUUUUGCAUUUCAUCAUGAAAUACUAGUUUAAGAAAGGGAAGAGUAGAAAAACACGCGUUUCUAUAGUAGAGUUCCUGACGCCACGCAAAGCCCUAUAACUAUUCACUCUUUUUCUACACAAAUAGCUGCUACAGGUGAACGUGAACUUAUGUUCUAGAUAUAGAUAGAUAUAGAUAUAGAUAGAUAUAGAUGGAUAUAGAUAUAGAUAGAUAUACAGUAGAUAGAUAUAGAUAUAGAUAGAUAUAGAUAGAUAUAGAUAUAGAUAGAUAUACAGUAGAUAGAUAUAGAUAUA